AUGGCGGAGAAUAAGCGUCAGAACUCAGGUGCGAAGGCAUCUGGUACUGGUAUGGCUGCCGCUAUGGUUCCCUUGGAAGCUGCGUUGAGCGGUGCAAUCGGUUCUCGUGUUCGCAUUAGCACUGCCGCGCCGUCUAACUCCACCUACGAGGGAACUCUUUUCACUGCAUGCCCCAUUACCAACCUGGUCGCUAUAAACACAGCUCCUGCUUCCACCUCCGAUGCCAAGCAGGCUCAAAGCGGCGAUUAUCAUGUCAUUCCUGUCUCGCGCAUCAACUCCUUCCAGAUCCUCUCUCUUUCCUCGAACUCCACCGAAUCUCCCUCAUUCACAGAUGCACAGCCCGGUAUCCAGGCCCUUGAUACCCGUGCUCUGAAGGCACGUGAGAUCAAGGCAGUCGGUGAUCUGCUGGACAAGGAGGCCCGCCGCGGAAAGGGCGUUACUCGUGAGGCGCAGGAUAUUUUUGAUGCGUUUGCCCGGACUAUGCCUGCUCGCUGGGAUGGUCCGAAUAUUAUUGUUGCGGAUGCGGUUACUAUAGCCGCGCCAUACCGGGUGGAUGAAUGCCGCUCCUUGGUUGAGGGUGAUACGGCCGCCCUCGCUCGAGUGCGCAAGGUGCUCGAGAUGGAACGCAAGAAGAUCGAGUUGCGCAGCGCUAGCGCCACUAUUGGCUCGACUACCACCUUCGCCCGUAACUCGGGUGAUCAACGCAAAGGUGGAUAA